CGCACUCGUCGACAGUUCUUCUGAGGUUGCGGAAAGCUGGAUAGAACACGGAUUACAGAGGCAGAUCUGGCUUUUUGAGACAAAUCGAGAUGCCCCCCAGACGCGGCGCCGUCAGGCAGACGGGGUCAACGCCCCGCGCCGAGGGCGCUCUCUCUUUCUUUCAGCACCAGCUGAUGUCGGAUAGUCGAAACCAGGCCUUGCCUAACCUCCCCACGAAACAGUCAUUCGCUUAUGGCUCGGCUGAAACGCCGCUCCUUCCACGGCAGCUGGUGCUCAACCCUCAUAUGGACUUGGUAGAAAUGGCCGGCCAGAUCGAUAAGGGCAUCGAAGACGCGAAAGACCGAGAGCAAAGACAAACCGUGUCGAAUGCGGAUCGUAACCGUCGACGGCGUUCAUCCUCAGCCAAUAUGUCACCGGUGCGAAGAACACGCCGAGAGCCAACUCCAGAUCAAACGCAGCUACUCGAGUCGCUGCGUGAUGCGACAAGGUCACCAAGUCCUGUCAAUGACUACCACGCAAACGACCAGUCAACUGCGACUCCCACUCCUCCUAUCCCACAUACUAUUUCGACGGCUUCUAGUCCAGCACUGGAUCCUGUUCCUGAAUCUCGAUAUCCCCACGUGCCUGCGGACAAGCUAUACCCUUCACCCCUGCUGCGCUCGGGCGUUCCAGCGCAUGAUGAGCCGCCUUUGAGUAGCUUCUCUGGGGUUGACAACGAAUCCGUGAUUUCGUAUUCCAUUGAGCGGGAUGUUCAUGACGACGACUUGCGGCGGACGCUGUCCGAUGGCAAGAACAUCACUGCACCCCCUCGCCGAGUAUCCGGGAUGGCAUUUGUCAAAGAUGUCUCAACUAUUCAUGAAGAGGACGAACCUGACUCAAGACUUUCUCAGUACCAAUCAUCGCCGUUGAAGUCACCUCCAGUGAAACCCCUUCACCCGCUGAAAUCCGUAGUGCCACCUAAGGCGCCGUCUCCAGCAAGGUCACCUUCGCCUUCUUUGUCACCUUCACCUAGUCAAUCAUCAUCCCCUCUGAGGUCUCUUUCACUCUCAAUAUCGCCGUCGCCUGAAAAGUCGCCUUCACCCCCUCGACGUGUCUCGCCUCGAAAGGCACCAACACCCAAGAAAUCACCACUCCCGGUAAAGGCAUCAACACCCAGGAAAUCACCACUGCCGGCAAAGGCACCUACACCCAAGAAAUCACCAUUUCCGGCAAAGGCACCAACGCCAGCCAAGUUGCCUUCUCCUUCGCCAAUGUAUGAAGAUAUCGAGAUGGAGACUACACCGGAGCCCGAAUGGGAGCCGCAACCAGAGUUUCUUAGAGAAGAAUCACCUAUCGCCCAACCACCAGCCCCCAGAAAGACUUCCAUUCCAGAGUAUCAUGCGGAAGAUGCAUCUGCAAGAGUACAGAGAACGCGCAACCUCAAGGCACUCCUGCUUGGUGUGCGUACCCCGAGUGAGAUCCUAACCGCUAUUGGUCGGGUGAUUGCACUUCUGACCAUGGCGAUGAUUGUCCUAACUGGUUUCAACUAUUUGAGUGAAGUUAUUCCUUUCGCUCAUCCUGAGUACUAUGGAUCAUUGAAUGAGACCGGGUUGAAUGCGAUCAGCAGUCUCAGCGCACAGGUGUCCAGCCUAGGGUCUCAAGUAUCCACUCUAGCAAGGGACAUCCAGACAGUCAAAGCUGAUCUCCGAGCACAACCGACAACACGUGUAUCCCCUGUGACUGGGUCAUCUUCUGGCACGUCUUAUGGCACCUACAUUCCAAAAACCAAUUUCUUGACUGUAAAUCUCGGUAUCCUUGUUGAUCCUUACAAGACAAAUCCUACCGUGACGCAGUAUACCACUUAUAAAGGACAAAUGUAUAAUAAAUGGUUUGGUGAUGAAGUUCGCCGCCCGCAACCACCUUUGUCCGUUGCCUCAAGGUGGGACGAUAUCGGAGACUGCUGGUGCAGCGUCUUGCGCGAUGGGAUGACACAGAUUACUAUUCUCCUGGGCCACCGUAUCGUCCCGGAAGAAAUGGUUGUCGAGCAUGUUCCCAAAGCAGUGGCGCUGACCCCCGGGCUUGCCCCCCGAGAUAUGGAGCUAUGGGCCCGGUUUCGCCGCGUUUAUAACGACACUUUAGUAUACCCUACUCCACCAAAGUCGUGGGCCGAUUGGUUGAAGUCCAAGGUUACCCCGUUUGCUCCCCCACAGAGUAUUGCUGGGCAGGAUGAUAUCAUGAACGAUGAGCGGUUCGUCUUGCACGAGCCGGUCAUGCAUGCUCUCUCGUUGGCCUACCCCGGUGAAGCGGAAGAACACUACUGGGGUCAGCAUGAUGAGUUGCUCGGGCCGGCGUUCUAUCGUGUUGGGCGUUGGACUUAUGACAUCAACGGCGAUUCUCAUGCGCAAAAGUUCAUCCUUGAUGCCGUAAUUGACGACCCGGAGAUCCGCGUGGAUAAGAUAAUUGUUCGCGCGAAAAACAACUGGGGAGCCGAUCACACGUGUAUCUACCGACUGGAACUGUUUGGCCACAAGUAGCUGGCCCUGCUUUCUCUACCUCUUUCCCCCAUUUUUUUGCAGUUUACUUCAUUUUUAUCUUUUGGCCUUUUAGCCUUCUUUGCUUAUUGGCAUUACCCUUUGAUAAGUUUUCUUUCUUGCAGGCGUUCUCUUUCUAGGCGGGAUACGGAUAUGACCAAUAGAUUGGGGUGUAAUUCAAUCAAACAUCAGCUGGCGUUCUGGUCAUCUUGAGGCGUUCUCUUUACCUUUGACGGAUUGCGGACGGUGUGUCUUUCCUUUCUUUGCAUGCAGGAUUACUCGAUUUCAAGCGGGCUUCUGCAGGAGAUACCACCAGACGAGUUAUGCAUUAGCAGCUGAACUGGAUUUUUG